AUGGCGAAAUGCAAAGAGCAUCCUCUUGAUGUUGAUAUCGAUGAGAAGGACUUGAGCAUCGGAAUAACGACUCAUGGUCUUCUAAUUCUUAUCGCUGCUUUAUCGUGUCUCGUGGCGUGUCUGGUCUCGGCUUACCUGAUAUGCAAGCAUGCACAAAAUUUUACCAAGCCUUCGCAGCAGAGACAAGUGAUUCGCAUACUCUUUAUGGUGCCUGUGUAUUCCAUUGCAUGCGUCUGCAGUAUAAUCUUCUACCGUCAGCACAUUUACAUCGCCGCCACCUACGAGUUCUACGAAUCGCUUGUCAUCGCCGCCUUCUUCCUACUUCUUUGUCAAAUUCUGCACGUCAACCUGGCUAUCUUGCAGACUGACCUUGCCGAGCUUCAGCCUAAGCCCUGGAUACCCCCUAUUCGUCUAGUUGCCUACUGUUUUGGAAAUAGGACAGGGAAGGCUUUAAAUGGCCAAAUAUGGUUCAACACCAUCUGUGUUGGUGUGCUGCAAUUUUGCGUUGUCAAGUUUCUAGGAGCGCUGGUCAAAUGCAUCACUGAAGCUGCAGGCGUAUAUUGCAAAGAGUUAAACAGUGCUUCUCAUGCCAAGAUCUGGGUGAUGGUGGUUGAGAUUAUAUCCAUGGUUUCAGCCAUGAUGUGCCUGCUACAGUUUUACAAGGAGAUCCGUCACCGAAUUGCUGAACAUCAACCCAUGUUGAAGUUUCUGGCUAUCAAGCUAGUUAUCAUGGUAUUUUACAUACAAUCAUUCAUCUUCAGUUUUACCACCAAGCCAGGUGGACCUGUGAAGCCUACCGCACAUAUUUCCUACCCAUCUUGGGCGGUUGGUAUCCCCAAUACACUUCUAUGUAUCGAGAUGGUAUUCGCGUCCGUUCUGCACCUCUAUGCCUUCCCGUAUCGUCCAUACCAGAACAACCAGACUUGCAGCAACGAGGAUUCGGAAGCGCUUGAACGAACGGAUCAAUCAGAAGGCGUAUAUCAGGGGCUAAGUACCGCAGAUUCUCACUACGACUCAAUCUGGUCUGGAGGCACCAAGCGGUCUGCUAAGCCCCGGACAUCCGCCAGAGGUGCAGUGUUACAAGCGCUCGGCUUCAAAGAGAUUCUGCAGGGAAUUGGAAAAGCUGCGAAGUGGUUUUUUGUUUUGCGGAGACGACAACGUUGA